CGCCGUGCGGAGGGGCCGGCGGAGAGCCGCGGAAGUGCACUUGCUGCAGCCAUUUCCUGCUCUUUGUGAGGGCGGCGCGGAGCGGAGCAUCCCGCGGCGCGUAGCAACGCACCCCGCGGAGCGCCAGAUUGGAAACUGAACAUCCAGAACCAUGACCACCCACGUCACGCUAGAGGAUGCCUUGUCCAACGUGGACUUGCUGGAGGAGCUGCCCCUGCCAGACCAGCAGCCAUGCAUCGAACCACCUCCAUCCUCCAUCAUGUACCAGGCUAAUUUUGACACAAAUUUUGAAGACAGAAAUGCCUUUGUUACUGGCAUUGCCAGAUACAUCGAGCAAGCAACGGUGCACUCCAGCAUGAAUGAAAUGCUGGAAGAAGGCCAUGAGUAUGCUGUGAUGCUUUAUACAUGGAGGAGCUGCUCCCGGGCCAUCCCCCAGGUGAAAUGUAAUGAACAACCAAAUCGAGUGGAGAUUUAUGAGAAGACUGUGGAAGUCCUAGAGCCAGAAGUCACCAAGCUUAUGAAGUUCAUGUAUUUUCAGCGCAAGGCUAUCGAGCGGUUUUGCAGUGAGGUGAAGCGCCUGUGCCAUGCUGAGAGGAGGAAGGACUUUGUCUCUGAGGCCUAUCUCCUCACACUGGGCAAGUUCAUUAACAUGUUUGCUGUCCUCGAUGAGCUGAAGAACAUGAAGUGCAGCGUAAAAAAUGACCACUCAGCCUACAAAAGAGCUGCCCAGUUUCUGCGGAAGAUGGCAGACCCCCAGUCCAUCCAGGAGUCCCAGAACCUCUCAAUGUUCCUGGCGAACCACAACCGCAUCACACAGUGUUUGCACCAACAACUGGAGGUUAUCCCUGGCUACGAGGAACUGCUGGCUGACAUUGUCAAUAUCUGUGUGGAUUACUAUGAAAACAAGAUGUAUCUGACUCCUAGUGAGAAACACAUGCUCUUAAAGGUGAUGGGAUUUGGCUUAUAUCUCAUGGAUGGGAAUGUCAGCAACAUUUACAAGCUGGAUGCCAAGAAGAGAAUCAACCUUAGCAAAAUAGACAAAUUCUUCAAGCAGCUGCAGGUGGUUCCUUUAUUCGGCGAUAUGCAGAUAGAACUGGCCAGAUACAUUAAGACCAGUGCUCACUAUGAGGAGAACAAAUCCAAGUGGACGUGCACUCAGAGUAGCAUAAGCCCCCAGUACAACAUCUGUGAGCAGAUGGUCCAGAUCCGAGAUGAUCACAUCCGCUUCAUCUCAGAGCUCGCACGCUACAGCAACAGUGAGGUGGUCACUGGCUCAGGACUGGACAGCCAGAAAUCAGAUGAAGAAUACAGGGAGCUCUUUGAUCUUGCUCUACGGGGAUUGCAGCUGCUGUCCAAAUGGAGUGCCCAUGUCAUGGAAGUGUACUCUUGGAAACUGGUUCAUCCCACAGAUAAAUUCUGUAACAAGGAUUGUCCAGGAACAGCAGAAGAAUAUGAGAGAGCCACCCGGUACAACUACACCAGUGAAGAGAAGUUUGCUUUUGUGGAGGUAAUUGCCAUGAUCAAAGGUCUGCAAGUGCUGAUGGGCCGGAUGGAGAGUGUCUUUAACCAAGCCAUCCGCAACACCAUCUAUGCAGCCCUGCAGGACUUUGCACAGGUGACCCUGAGAGAGCCUCUGCGGCAGGCAGUCAGGAAGAAGAAAAAUGUUCUGAUCAGUGUACUUCAGGCAAUUCGGAAGACUAUCUGUGACUGGGAAGGAGGUCGAGAGCCUCCAAAUGAUCCUUGCCUGAGAGGUGAGAAGGAUCCUAAAGGUGGAUUUGACAUUAAAGUCCCACGACGAGCAGUAGGACCUUCCAGUACACAGCUUUACAUGGUGCGGACCAUGCUGGAGUCUCUCAUAGCAGACAAGAGUGGCUCAAAGAAGACUCUGAGGAGCAGCUUGGAUGGGCCUAUAGUCUUGGCCAUUGAGGAGUUCCACAAGCAGUCCUUCUUCUUCACCCACCUUCUCAAUAUCAGUGAAGCACUGCAGCAGUGCUGUGACCUCUCCCAGCUCUGGUUCCGGGAAUUCUUCCUGGAGCUGACCAUGGGCCGCCGCAUCCAGUUCCCCAUCGAAAUGUCCAUGCCCUGGAUCCUCACAGACCAUAUUCUGGAAACCAAAGAACCCUCCAUGAUGGAGUAUGUACUGUACCCCUUGGACCUCUAUAACGACAGUGCAUACUACGCCUUGACCAAGUUCAAAAAGCAGUUCCUGUACGAUGAAAUUGAAGCUGAAGUGAAUUUGUGCUUUGAUCAGUUUGUGUACAAGCUGGCAGAUCAAAUCUUUGCCUAUUAUAAAGCAAUGGCUGGCAGUGUCUUAUUGGACAAACGUUUCCGGGCUGAAUGUAAGAAUUAUGGGGUGAUUAUUCCAUACCCACCAUCCAACCGCUACGAAACGCUGCUGAAGCAGAGGCAUGUCCAGUUGCUGGGUAGAUCAAUUGACCUGAACAGGCUCAUUACCCAGCGUAUCUCAGCAGCAAUGUACAAAUCAUUAGACCAGGCCAUCAGCCGCUUUGAGAGUGAGGACCUGACAUCCAUAGUGGAGCUGGAGUGGCUCUUGGAAAUAAACCGCCUGACUCACAGGUUGCUGUGCAAACACAUGACUUUGGACAGCUUUGAUGCCAUGUUCAGGGAGGCCAACCACAAUGUCUCUGCUCCCUAUGGGCGCAUCACCCUCCAUGUCUUCUGGGAGCUCAACUUUGACUUUCUACCCAACUACUGCUACAAUGGAUCCACCAACAGGUUUGUGAGGACAGCAAUCCCAUUCACACAGGAACCCCAGAGGGACAAGCCAGCCAAUGUUCAGCCAUAUUACCUGUAUGGAUCCAAGCCUCUCAACAUUGCCUACAGUCACAUCUACAGCUCCUACCGCAAUUUUGUGGGACCCCCUCAUUUCAAGACAAUCUGCAGGCUUCUUGGAUAUCAAGGCAUCGCUGUGGUCAUGGAAGAGCUGCUGAAGAUUGUCAAGAGCCUGCUACAAGGCACCAUCCUGCAGUAUGUGAAGACUCUGAUUGAAGUAAUGCCCAAGAUUUGCCGCUUGCCAAGGCACGAGUAUGGCUCUCCAGGAAUCCUGGAGUUUUUCCACCAUCAGUUGAAGGAUAUCAUUGAAUAUGCAGAGCUGAAGACCGAUGUGUUCCAGAGCCUCAGAGAAGUGGGCAAUGCCAUUCUCUUCUGCCUCCUUAUCGAGCAGGCUUUGUCCCAGGAAGAAGUUUGUGAUUUGCUGCAUGCUGCUCCCUUCCAAAAUAUUUUGCCCAGGGUCUACAUCAAAGAAGGAGAACGCUUGGAGGUGCGCAUGAAGCGUCUCGAAGCCAAGUAUGCCCCACUUCACCUGGUUCCCUUAAUAGAGAGGCUGGGCACUCCGCAGCAAAUAGCCAUUGCCCGAGAGGGUGACUUGCUGACCAAGGAGCGGUUGUGCUGUGGGCUGUCCAUGUUCGAGGUGAUCCUGACACGGAUUAGGAGCUACCUGCAGGACCCAAUCUGGCGAGGCCCACCCCCGACGAAUGGGGUGAUGCACGUGGAUGAAUGCGUGGAGUUUCACCGGCUCUGGAGUGCCAUGCAGUUUGUGUACUGCAUCCCCGUGGGCACCAACGAGUUCACUGCAGAACAGUGCUUUGGCGAUGGUCUAAACUGGGCAGGUUGUUCCAUCAUUGUUCUCCUUGGACAGCAAAGGCGUUUUGACCUCUUUGACUUCUGCUACCACCUGCUGAAGGUGCAGAGGCAGGAUGGAAAGGAUGAAAUCAUAAAAAAUGUGCCCUUGAAGAAGAUGGCUGAUAGGAUCAGGAAGUAUCAGAUCCUGAACAACGAGAUUUUUGCCAUCCUGAACAAGUACAUGAAGUCAGUGGAAACAGAGAGUUCCACGGUGGAGCACGUGCGCUGCUUCCAGCCCCCAAUCCACCAGUCUCUGGCUACCACCUGCUAGUGGGGACACUGACCCUGCACGGGUUUGGAAGGCAGAAGAGACUGAACCCAGAACAGCUGGCAGGGCUGAUCUUGACAGCAUGAGACCUGGAAAACUAAGACUGGAUAUGCCUAUUACUCACAAGGACACAUCCUCCCAUCCGGUCCUGUUUGAGUGCAUGUUCUUCUGUACCAUCCCUGUGAUCCAUUUUACUUGUA